AUGGAAGGAGGACUUUUCUCUGCUCACAAGCCUACUUAUCUUCUUCUUCUCCUUCAUAUUUUCCUGCUUGCUUUGCUUCCAUUCAAGGCCAUUUCAUCACCAAAAACACAGGCAGAAGCUUUGCUAAGUUGGAAGAACACCUUUUAUGAUGCACCACCUUCUCUCACUUCAUGGUCCCUCACUAACCUCAACAAUCUUUGCAACUGGUAUGCCAUUGUUUGUGACCAGAACAGCGAACAAGUUUCCCAAAUUGACCUCUCCAACUUCAACAUCGAUGCAACACUAACCGAUUUCAACUUCGCCCCAUUCCUAAAUCUCACCCAAUUCAACCUCAAUGGCAACAAUUUCGGAGGGCCUAUACCGUCUGCCAUUGGCAACCUCUCCAAGCUCACAACUUUGGACUUGGGCAACAACUUUUUCGGUCAAGAAAUACCUGUGGAGAUAAGCAAGUUAACAAAGCUCAAGUAUCUGAGUUUCUUCAACAACAGUCUCACUGGUGCUAUUCCUUAUCAGCUCUUCAAUCUCCAAAACGUACAGUUUUUGAUUCUUGGAAGAAACAACUUCUUCUUUGAAACUCCUGGGUGGUCUAAAUUUUCAGGCAUGCCUUCUUUGACAUACCUUGAUCUUUCUGGAAAUUAUUUCCAUUCAGUAUUUCCAAAAUUUAUAUCUGAAUGCCGGAACUUGACAUUCCUGGACUUGUCUGAAAAUUUCUUGACUGGCCAAAUACCAGAACAAGUAUUUACCAAUCUGGGCAAGCUUGAAUAUCUCAAUCUCACCAACAACCGAUUCCAAGGACCACUGCCAUCAAAUUUUCCCAAGCUUAAACACCUUCAUUUAGCAGUGAACGCCUUCGCGGUCCAAUUCCUGAAGAUAUUGGUUUGGAUAUCUGGCCUUCAAAGAAUUGAACUGCACACCAAUUCCCUUCAAGGGCCAAUUCCCAUCCUCUAUAGGCCAACUCAGGGAGCUUCAGCACCUUGA